UGCGGUGUGGAUCGAGCAGUCAACAAGUUGAGCAGUCAUUUGAAAGAGUAAGAACAUAUCAGUGAGACAACGCAAAGGUGAAAUCCAUUAACGGCAAGAUAAUGGAAUUCAUUGCCCUCGACAAUCAACAGUUCUUUGUUGUGGGUGAUGUUGGCUUUCGCCGACUGGUUGAGCACCGCUACACAUGACCAAGUGCGUAUUUUUCAGAUGUUGCCCUACCGGAGUUACACAGUAAUAGCAUCACUGCUAUUAGCUUCACGACUGACAUUUGGACCAGUGAUAUCAGCCCCAUGAGCAUGCUGAGUCUGACAGCAUAGUGGGUCGAGGAUUUCGUUCUGAGGAAAGUCGUAUUUCACGCACAUGAAUGUGCUGGUUGUCAUACCACUUCUGCCAUUUCAAUGGCAUUUGAGAACAUGUUUGAAACAUGAACACACCAGCUAGCUCCAUUCAAACAACUCGAGAAAUAAUUGAAACGCCUCUCAACAAAACUGCUGACACAGGCUGUGAACAAGCGAUUCGGUGGCAUUCUCUUUUUACUGUGUCACCACCAUGCUCGAUGCUAAGUACAAGGACCGCUACUUCGAUGCAGGCAAGAAACAGGGUUAACGUGAAAUGUUACAUACACAGCUGGACAGGAUGGAAACAGACAGUGACAGUGGGCACCGAGGAAGAGAGGCCACAGACAGACAGAGCUGAAACUUCACUGCUUGACAUGUAUGAUGAAAUCCUGGUUGGGAAUGAAAUGACUGAACAAAUGAACAACAAAACAGCACAGCAAGUUGAGAGGUCCAUGUUCCAUCUGUGAGGUCAGGGAAGGGUGCAGAGGAGCUUGCCACAGAUAUCAGGAGAGUAGCAAGACAGAUGAGGUGGGAGUGGUCAGAGAGAUGGACGACCAAGGGUGUCCGAGAUGCAAGACAACGAAAUACAGGAAUCCUUCCCUGAAACUGAUGGUGAAUGUUUGUGGCCACACGCUAUGUGAGAGCUGUGUGGACAUGCUGUUUGUGCGCGGCUCGGGGAACUGUGUGCAGUGCGACACGCCCCUGAGGAAGAGUAACUUCCGUGUGCAGCUCUUUGAAGACCCUGCCGUCGACAAGGAGGUGGAGAUCCGUAAGAAGGUGCUCAAGAUUUACAACAAGAGAGACUUUGACUUCUCCAACUUGAGAGAAUACAAUGACUACUUGGAGCGAGUGGAGGAGAUCGUCUAUAACCUGACCAACAACCUUGAGGUGGAGGGGACCAAACAGAUCAUGGAGGCUUACCAGAGAGAGAAUAGAGACAUCAUUCAGAAGAACAAGGCCAAGCUGACUCGAGAGCAGGAGGAGUUGGAGGAGCUGCUUCUGUUGGAGCAGCAGGGGAAUGAGCAGCGCAGGCUGGAGACUCUGCAGGAAGAACAGAGACAGUUACAGGCCAAGAGGAAGAGCAAGCAGGCUCUACUGGAUGAACUGGAGCGCUCUCAUGUCCCCGCCACCAUCCUGCUGGCCCAACACAAGGACCGGGCCGCCCAGCUGGAGACCCAGAUUGAGAAGCAGAAACAGGUGGUCAAAACCACCAUCUUCUCCACUGGCAUCCCUAUGGGUCAGACUGUGUCGCUGCUGACCGUGAACCGGUUAGAAGAGGUUCUGUACCACUACCAGCCCAUCCACAUGCACACAUACGGACCCCCCGUCCCUGAGCUGGAGCAGCUGGGGCGACUCGGGUAUUUGAAUCACGUGCGUACUGCCCAGCCCCAAGACAUGGCUGGAGGAUACAACUCAGGACUGGCGUGUCAUCGAGCCAUCCAGGAUGCCUUCAGUGGGCUCUUCCAUCCACUGGGCUGACCCCUCAAAAACAGAGAGGAGCUCAGAAAUAUGAGGCUGUCAAUAUAAACUCUUGUCUAAGGACUCAAAUCACCACCCUUCUCUACAUUGGGGAGGGAGCCAUAGACCGCUAUGGGAUUGUGGUCUAAAGUCAGACCAGGAUGUAUAUGUUGCUAUUUUUGUAUUAUCUUAUUUUCAUUUUUAUUAAAAUAAAUAUUUAAAAAACAA